AUGCCCUCCUGGACCCUCUUGGUGGUCACCUCCUGCCUCCUCCUGGCCCCCCAAAACCUGGCACAAGUCACCAGCCAAGGACCCAGAGCCCCACUCACCAGCUGUUUCUCAGAUGCCUCCGUGCUGGCCUCGGACUCAAAGCCCCUGAACUGUUUUUCUCAAACAUUUGAGGACCUCACUUGCUUCUGGGAUGAGGAAGAGGCAGCGCCCAGUGGAACAUACCAGCUGCUGUAUGCCUACCCAGGGGAGGAGCCCCGUGCCUGCCCCCUGAGUUCCCAGAGUGUGCUCCCCUUUGGAACUCGGUAUGUGUGCCAGUUUCCAGCCCAAGAUGAAGUUCGUCUCUUCUUCCCACUGCAUCUCUGGGUGAAGAAUGUGUUCCUGAAACAGAACGUGACCCAGCGGGUGCUCUUUGUGGAUAGCGUGGGCCUACCAGCUCCCCCCAAUAUCAUCAAGACCACGAGCGGAAGACAACCAGGGGAACUUCAGAUCAGCUGGAAGGCCCCAGCUCCCGAAAUCAGUGAUUUCCUGAGGCACGAACUCCGCUAUGGUCCCAAGGAUGCCAGGAACUCCACUGAUCCCACAGUCUUGCAGUUACUGUCCACAGAAACCUGCUGCCCAUCUCUGCGGAGGCCAAUCCCCGCCCCAGCUCUGGACCAUCCUGCAUGUGCACAGCCCAUGAUGUCCCAACAGUAUGGACCAGCGCAGACCUCCCCAACUAGAGAAGCCCCAUCUCUGACAGUGGUGAGUGGAAGCUGCCUCAUCUCAGGGCUCCAGCCUGGGAAGUCCUACUGGGUCCAGCUGCGCAGCCAACCUGAUGGGGUCUCCCUCCAUGGCUCCUGGGGACCCUGGUCUCCCCCUUCAACCGUGGACCUGCCUAGAGAUGCAGUGGAAAUUGGACUGCAGUGCUUUACCCUGGACUUGAAGAAUGUCACCUGUCAGUGGCAGCAACAGGACCAUGCUAGCUCCCAAGGCUUCUUCUAUCACAGCAGGCCGUGGUGCUGCCCCAGAGACAGGGACCCCAUCUGGGAGAAGUGUGAAGAGGAAGAGAAAAAUCCAGGAUUACAAUCCUCCCAGUUCUCCCGCUGCCACUUCAAGUCACAAAAUGACAGUGUUAUUCACAUCCUUGUGGAGGUGACCACAGCCCAGGGUGCUUUUCACAGCUACCUAGGCUCUCCUUUCUGGAUCCAUCAGGCUGUGCUCAUCCCCACUCCAGACUUGCACUGGAGGGAGGUCUCCAGUGGGCAGCUGGAAUUGGAAUGGCAGCACCCAUCAUCCUGGGCAGCCCAAGAGACCUGCUAUCAGCUCCGAUACACAGGAGAAGGCCAUCAGGACUGGAAGGUGCUGGAGCCACCUCUCGGGGCCCACGGAGUGAUCUUGGAGCUGCGCCCGCGCUCCCGCUACCGUUUACAGCUGCGCGCCAGGCUCCACGGCCCUACCUACCAAGGUCCCUGGAGCGCCUGGUCUGACCCAGCGCGGGUAGAGACCGCCUCCGAGACAGCCUGGAUCUCCUUGGUGACCGCUCUGCUCCUGGUACUAGGCCUCAGCGCUCUCCUGGGCCUCCUGCUGCUGAGGUGGCAGUUUCCUGCGCACUACAGGAGCCUGAGGCAUGCCCUGUGGCCUUCGCUCCCAGACCUACACCGGGUCCUAGGCCAGUACCUUAGGGAUGCUGCAGCCCUGAGUCCGCCCAAGGCUGCAGUCUCAGAUGUCUGUGAGGAAGUGGAACCCAGCCUCCUUGAAAUUCUACCUAAGUCUUCAGAGAAGACUCCCUUGCCCCUAUGUUCCUCCCAGGUCCAGGUGGACUACCGAGGAUUGCAGUCCUCUUGCCUGGGGACCAUGGCCCUGUCUGUGUGCCCACCUAUGGCUGAGUCAGGGUCCUACUGCACCACUCACAUUGCCAACCAUUCCUACUUACCAUUGACCUGUUGGCAGGCCCCUCACUCCCAGUACCCUGGACAGAUCCAAACCCUCUAG